GCCGGAUUGAAGCCACUGAGCCGAAACGGGUGUAACUGGCCCGUCCGCCGACAUGCUCGACGAGCUCGCGGAGGAGACGACGUCGCCCGAUGCCCACGUGUUCGCGGCCUAUGAGAUUACGAACGCGCAGCUCCCGCCUUCUCUUCGUGGCGGUGCCACCCACGUCGUCGCCGACGCCCUGCGCGUCGCGGCGUCCAUCGACGUCAGUCGGCGCAUCUCGACCGAGACGCAUGUGCUCGCGAACCGCGCGAUCCGCCACCUGAGCGACGGUGACCAGAGCGUGACGCUCUUGGCGGCGUACGUUGCGCACAACGAGGCCCGGCGCGUGGUGCAGGCCGGUCUGCAAGCACGGGCCUCCGACAUUCAGCGCAAAUGGCUGCACGUCAAGUUCCGGGCCAUCGACCAUCCAGCCCGCUUUGAGCCGCCGGAAAUUUAUCCGUACCUCGACCUUGACGACGCGUCGGCGCCCGAGGUGGACGACGACCUAUUGACGCUCCAAGUACGCAUCCCGUGACGGACUGUAGCAUAGCAAAUGUAGAUUGCGCAGUACAAAGCUGUGCUGGACAAACGCGUGGCAGAGUCGAGAGAGGCCCGCCGCCAAGAAGCUCUCGCCGCCGCCCAGCAGCAAAAGGUCACGGCGCUGCGCCGACGCCGCGAGGUGCACGCCGAGCGUCAUCGCCUCGAAAACAUUCAACACCGGUGGGAGUACCUCGUGAGUUUGGCGCUGCGGCGCGACCACGCGAGCCGACUGCGGCGUGCCAAGAGCGCGGCUACCGAUGAAGCGGACGACGACGACGUCGAUCGGCCGCCCACGUACCUCGCGGCCAAGCUCUUUGUCGAGCGCACACUGCACGUUGCAACGCUCCAUGCCAUGUGGGCCGUGGAAAUGCAGUCGCUCGCGGCAUCGACGCCCGACCUCGUGGCCAGCGACGGCGGGCCCGUGCUCCGCCUCUGCAUGCUCCUCUGUCCCAACCCGUUUGGCGCGCAAUUCAGCGCGCUGUACCAGCGGUACUUUGCGCGCGAGGGCGCGACGAUUGGCGUCCAUUUCGAGUGGCGGGUCUUUGACGUGGGGCAGCUCGAGUUUCCAACCGUCGCGCUCGACGAGUGGGCCCACGGCUACUUGGUCUGCGGCGGUCCUGGGCACGACGACGACUCGUUGCCGCUCUGGCACCGAUCGGUCGUUGGCUUCCUUGCGCACCUCGUGAGCCGCCAUCGGCGCGUCGGGGCGCUCGGGCGCGGCCAUAGCAUCCUCGCCAAAGCGCUCGGCGGCGACGUCGCCCGCGUUUCCCCGUCUCGACUCGACUGGAAUGUGCUGGAAGAAAAGGUAUUGUCGCAGCAGUCGGUCAAAACCGUGGUGUACGCCAUUCCUGCGCUCCACGGCGACCUUGUGACGUGUGUGCCCAGCGCCAAAGUCGCCACGAGCACGCCCGGACCGGCGUAUGUGACCAAAUUCAAGACCAAAACCGCGCUCUCGUUCGACGGACACCCCGAGUGCGGCACGUUCAUACUGCAUAUGCUCGCCCGGUACCUCCACGCGCCUGCGACGGACGCGGUCCCCGAAUGCGCGUGGCCCCGCGGCGAUGCGCUCGUUGCGCGCAAGCUCGUACAGCACUACCUCGCUGCGCAAAAAGCCGUCGAUGGACCCGAGACCGUCCUCUCGCGGCGGCUGCCUCUGCGACGCAUGCGGAUCUUUGCGCACAAAUCGUGCGACCCGAUGCUCGAGUUCUUAUCCGACACGAACGAGUACCUCGCGUUUGCGUUCAGCGAGAACGUCGAUGUCGUCGUGCUGCCGAUCUGCCUCUCGGCCGACAAGCACCCGAUCGUCUUUGGCUCGACGCAUCUCGAGGCGUUGACCGACUUGGCGGCCAUCUUUCCGUCCUACGUGCGCGCGCAUCCACCGCGCGUCGCGGUCAGUGAUCUCUCGCUCGCCGAGCUCAAGGCGCUCACGAUCCUCCAUGCUUUUCCCAACGCGAGUGGGCUCAAGUCGCCGCGCGGUCGGGGCGGGUACGCGGGCGCUAGCGAGAGCAACCGUCUCCAGACGCUUACCACGGUACUCCAGUUCCUCGCGCGCCUCCACACUGCGCAGCGAACGUCGCCGCUCGAGAUUGCGUUUACGUUUCCCGAAGAAAACGAAUCCACGUUCAGCGCCCACGACCGCGACCAUAUCGACGAGCUCUACACGAUCCUCCGUGGCGCGCUGCGGGUGCUGCACGCCGAUAUGGACGAUGCAAUCCACGUUGUCUCGCGCGACAUGCCCUUUUUGUCCACGUUGCACAAGCUGCACCCGCGCUGGCGGACGGUGCUCGUCGUGCCGCGCUCGAUCGCGACGCCGCUUCGCAUGACGUUGCAGCACGACGCGUUGGCCAUUGCGCACUUUGCCGACGCGAUUUUGAUUCCCAAGUCCCAUCCUGUGCUCUUGCCCGAUGAGAAUAACGACUCGAUCGCGCAAAUCUACCACCGCGCGGGUGUUCACGUGUACGUGGACCUGAACGACCCGUACCCGACGUCGCUCUCGCUCGUGAAGGAGCACAUCAAGUGUCAAUGCCUCCGCGUCGACGGCGUCUUUGUCUCGAACCCACACACCGCGCUCGAUGGGUUUCGGCUCUUUGCCAGUGGCCAUAGCUACGUGGACGAGGUCUACGAGGACAUACGCCAGAGCUUUGGCCUCGUCGCUGCCAUGGCCGAGCACGAGAAGCUCCAGCGGCAGAUAGAGCCCCAAAACAUCACGUACGCGCACCACGCGUACCAGUUUCCAGGCAACGAGAGCGCGAGUUGGUCCCAGCGUCUACGACACCUUUCGCCUGUCAUGGACCACGUGCUGCGCCUUAUUGCGGUGGAUGGUGACGUCGAGAUGGAGCGACAAGUGCGCGGCAACUACUACAGUGCGCCCAAGAGAGCUCUUCCCGCGCGACCGGUGACGGGUCGGCCUCUGCCGUUGGCCGUCACCGCACCCGUCUUGGGCACGUCGCAGCAAGGCCGCCGGUGUCGCACACGCGUGCCCGGAAAGCGCCAUACAAUUGGGUCGCUGGCCGCACCUUGUAGUCCUGUUGUCGACCGGUCCGAGGAUAUUCGCAGUCCCGAGCGCGUCAUGUCGGUCAACCAGCGCCGAUCCGUCGCGCCACCGAGCAAGUCCCCACUCGUAACUGCCCGACGCCUUCGACCUCCCAAUCGAUAGACGCUUCCUUUGACCAGCAGCUCUCUCGUCCGCUGAAUCCAACGAAACAACUUGCAAAGGCACGCACCGCGGGACGGCACGAGCUUGGUCCAGCGACGCGGCGCUGGGUCCUUGAUCUCCCACUUGUAAAGGGGCCGCUGUUUGGCAGGCUUUGCCGGCUAUGAGAAAGUUGCAAGUUCCUUUCGUAGUUUCUUCUAUUGCCAUGACAACUAUUCACAACUAUCUCACCAACUAAACGACUAACUACUGACUACUAGUACCUAUCUAUCGUCUCUAACGCUUCUUUUUCCUAAAUAUACUCCCUAACCCGCG